AUGACGUUGGAGGAUCCUUUUUUCGUCGUUAAAGAUGAGGUGUUCAAGGCAUUAAACAAAACUAGGGGACUGUACCUUAGAUGGAAGGAACUUCACGAGGACACUGUAUGCCUUACUAAGGACGAAAUUGAAUGGACCAAUACAGAACUUAAGAACUCUUUAAGAAGUAUUGAGUGGGAUUUAGAAGAUUUGGAAGACACAAUCGAUAUUGUCGAGAAAAACCCGACCAAGUUCAAAAUAGACAACAAGGAGUUGACUUAUAGGAAGCACUUCAUCGAAGCUACAAAACACGAAGUUAAGUCAAUGAAAGAAAAGAUCAACAUGAACAGGGGACGCGACAAAGACCGCACGGCGAGGCAACCUCUAUUGGACAGCAGUCCGGUGAGAGUUACAAACUCUCACUCCUCGACAAAAUACUCGAAGCUGCAAAACGACCUCGACAGUCCUCAGAGACAGUUCUUGAACGAUACUGUUAGUCAACAACAGUAUUUGACUAGGCAACAGGAUGACCAUCUGGAGGCGAUAGCCGAUUCGUUGGGUUCGUUGAAGACGGUUUCUCGACAUAUAGGAGUCGAAUUGGACGAACAAGCUGGGAUGUUAGACGAGUUUGGAACAGAAUUAGAAAAUACUGAUUCGAAAUUGGACACUACAAUGAAAAAGGUCGCUAGAGUUUUACGGCUUUCCAAUGAUAGCAGACAGUGGACCGUUAUUUUAGUCUUAGUUAUAGUUCUUGUGAUUGUGAUAUUUUUGUUUUUUAUACUGUGA